GUCCGGACCGGUAGUGACGCAAGACGCCACGUCCUGACGCUGCAGGGAAAACGUACCGUCAAAACUGAAUUCCAUUCAAAAUGAUUUCAAAGGAAAUAAUAUUUGUAUACACAACUUGUGCAAUAGUUGUUCUAUUCACUGCCGUGUAUUUAUAUUAUAGAAAUAUAUACAGCUACUGGAAAAAAUUGGGAGUGUAUCACUUGGAACCAACUUUUUUUUUUGGUAACGCAAAGGAACGUGUUCUUUUCAAAAAAUCUUUCCAUGAGUUUCAUAGAGACAUGUAUUUCAAGUUCAAAGGACAUAGAUAUGCUGGAUAUUAUCUUGGUCGCCGAGCAUCUUUGGUUAUCCUUGACCCAGAAAUAAUCAAAUGUAUCAUGAUUAAAGAUUUUAAUCAUUUUACGGACCGUCAAACAAUGAGAUUUCGAACAUCUGAAUAUAUUACUGAAAUGUUGAUUAAUCUUAAAGGUUCUAAAUGGAAACGAAUGAGAGGUCAAUUAACGCCAGCAUUUACUUCAGGCAAACUUAGAACUAUGGAGCAUCUUGUAGAUGUUUGUUGUAAUAAUAUGAGUGACUUUCUAAAUGAAAAUAUUAAAAGCGAACAAGGUUAUGAUUUAGAAAUGAAAGAUUUUUUUGGCAAAUUCACGUUGGAUGUUAUUGCAACUUGUGCAUUUGGCGUGGAAUCAAACUCAUUGAAGGAUGUAAAUGGCGGUUUUGCAAGUCGUGUAUCUAAAUUUGCUAGCUUGAGUAUCAUGAAACGUCUAACCCUGUAUAUAGUACUACUCUUCAUGCCUGGCAUUGCUCGAUUUGUUCCAUUAUCUUUUUUUAACAUGGAAGUGAUACAAUUCUUAGCUAAUGUGAUCAAAGAAGCAAAGAAAUGCAGAAAGUCUACGGGUCAAAAGCGGAACGAUUUCUUGCAGUUAUUACUGGAUAGUGAAACUGAUUUAGAUAAAAAUGACAAAACCAAAUCAAAAGAAGAUGUUUUGACUGAAGCUCAAGUGGUUGCUCAAUCUGUAUUGUUUUUAAUUGCUGGGUUUGAGACAUCAAGUACAUUGUUGACUUUCACAUGUUAUGAGUUGGCAAUCAAUCAAACCAUACAGGAUAAACUAAGAGAAGAAAUAUGUUCAGUCUUAAAACGAUUCAAUGGCAAAUGCACUUAUGAAGCCAUGCAAGAAAUGCCUUUAUUAGACAUGGUAUUGAUGGAAACCUUGAGAAUGCAUCCACCUGUAGCACAAUUAGAACGUGUAAGUACCCAAGACUAUACGUUGCCUGAUUCCAACUUAUUACUGAAAAAAGGUAUGACCGUUCAAAUACCUGUCAUUGGGUUACACUAUGAUCCAGAAUAUUAUCCAGAUCCUUAUAAAUUUGAACCAUAUCGAUUUUCUCCAGAAGAGAAAGCUAAACGUUCGCAUUAUGUUUUUUUACCAUUUGGAACUGGGCCAAGAAAUUGUAUUGGUCUACGAUUUGCCUUGAUGAGUACAAAGAGAGGAAUGGUGCAUCUCUUAAAAGAUUUUUCAAUUGAUCUGAGUAAGGAAAUGACUGUGCCUUAUGAAUACAGCAAGCAUUCAAUGUUGCUUAAGGCAAAGGAUGGUAUAAGGCUAUCAUUCAAUAAAUUGAGUGCAUAAAAAAAAACGGUUUGGCCAACUACUUAACAUUUAACAAAUUAUUGGGCUGUGUUAAAUUUAUUGGAAACUAAAGAUAAUAGUUUAUUUCUCAGUUUUGUCUAUUGCUAUUGUAGAUGUGACGUAUUUAUCCUUUUUUUAAUUAAAAUAGAUAUUAUUUUUAUAUACUUAUUACUGGUUUUAAAUAUUUUUUUGUUUAUUUAUAUAAUAUGUUAAAUUUUGUGUUACUUUAAUAUUGUUGAAGAGAGAACUGCGGUCCACAGUUAGAACUUCUUGUUUUUUCCUGUUAUAAACUAUUUUAGAGAUUAUUAACAAUUCAUAUGAAAUUAUUAAAACUAAUUGUUGAUCUUUUU